CACCGGUCUAUGCGCGCACACACACACCCCCGCACACAUACCAGGCACAACUACUCAAGCUGGAACGAACGGAAAGGCGGUCACAUUUCCUAUGCUCACCUGCAAAACGUGAUUGAUGUGGGUGUGUGUAUCAGUGGGUGUGUAUGUCAUGUCUGACUCUCUCGCACCGGUCAGGGAUUUGCUGACAACACUUUCUUGGAAGCUGUGAGAAUUGCUCAGUCUUCUCUCGUGCACCACCGCUCGCGCUCCACAGCCGCGCACUUAGCAGUUAAGCAGCUCGCAAAAGGCAUCCAGGUAUCUCCGAGGAGCCAACCUGCAGAGAGGGACUGCCUCUUAACGCACCUGCACCGAGACCCCCAGACGCGCACUGAGCGUAUUUUCAUCACUUCUUCCAGUUUCCGCGCUCUAUGGAGCAGGUGUUUUCUGCAGACUAUUUUUUUUACUUCCUCGUCAGUCUUCACAAGACGUUUGCGCCGGUGUAAAGGCAUUCAUUCCUUGACAUCCGUGAACUUGCUUUAAAGUCGUCAGCAGCAACAGGAGAGCGAUGGAUAACAGUCCUGGAGGCGGAGGUGGAGUCAUCCUGUAUGCAGGGUCUUCAGGCAGCUCAAGCCCAAGCCCUGGCAGCCCCUCCAGUGGGUACCAAACACAGUCACCCUCUUCACACUCUCAGCCCUCAUCUCCAGAAGAAGUUACCUUCACUGAGAUCGGGACGCCCAGGCAGGGUCGGACAACUGGGGCCAACACCCCGACCUCCAAAUUGGUGUUCCAGUUCCCAGAGGUCUUCAGUGCUUCCUCAGCUGCAGCUGCUCCACAGCCACCCUAUGCACACCCUAUUGCGGGAAAGAGACCCUGCGGGUUUGCAGGAACAUUCACCAAGACAGGUGGAAUGGUCCUGCUCUGCAAAGUUUGUGGAGACAUUGCAUCCGGUUUCCACUAUGGAGUGCAUGCAUGUGAGGGCUGCAAGGGUUUUUUCCGCCGCAGCAUCCAGCAGAACAUCAACUACAAGAUGUGCGUGAAGAACGAGAACUGUCUGAUCAUGCGGAUGAACCGCAACAGAUGCCAGCACUGCCGUUUCAAGAAAUGCCUCUCCGUCGGCAUGUCGAGAGACGCUGUGCGUUUUGGGCGCAUUCCUAAACGGGAGAAACAGCGACUUCUUGAUGAAAUGCAGAGCUACAUGAACAGCCUGAAUGAGUCAGCUGCCAUGGACAUGGACUCUUCAGCGAGGGACAGUACCACCAGCACAGACGACUGCAACUCAAAAGAGGCCAUUGGGACCAUUUCCAAAGCCUAUCGGGAAAUCUUCACCGGCAACAACAGCCACGAGAGAUCAUCCAACAGGGCCAGCAUUUCCACUUCCAGCAGCAGCAGCAGCAACAACAAUAACGCAUCUACCUUUUCUCAGGAUGGUGGUUUCCAAGCAUCAUCUCAUUCCAACUCCACCCAGAGUUAUCAGUCGUGCCCUGUCUCCCAUGCAACUAUGUGCCCCGUUGCCUCUAAUGAUAACCAACCUAUGUUUCACAAAGUGGACAACAAUCAUUAUUCGUAUUUCGUGUCAACAAAUCAGAAUCAUAACCAGUCACAUAUUGCAAUGGGGCAAAGAAUCAGCUCCACCAAUCUGAACAGUUUUACCUCUGGAGAAGUCGCCCAAAACCAGCCCUCCACCUGUCCGUGGAAAUUAGCACCAGGAGCUAAAGUGCUGGCCUGCCCUCUCAAUGCGUGCCCUGUAUCAGGAGCAGAGCGAACAAGUCAGGAGAUAUGGGAGUCCUUUUCUCAGUGUUUCACACCUGCUGUGAAAGAAGUUGUGGAGUUUGCCAAGGGCAUCCCUGGGUUCCAAGAACUGAGCCAACAGGACCAGGUCAUGCUGCUAAAGUCCGGCACCUUCCAGGUUCUCAUGGUGAGGUUUUGCACUUUGUUCAAUGCUGAGCAACGUACAGUGACCUUCCUAAAUGGCCAAACGUACCCCCUAUCCACUUUGCGAGUCUUGGGCAUGGGGUCUCUUCUGGAUGCGAUGUUUGAAUUCAGCGAGAAGCUGGGCUCCCUGGGCCUGGAGCCUGAUGAGAUGGCCCUGUUCAUGGCUGUGGUGCUGGUUUCUGCAGACCGUUCUGGCAUCUCAGACAUGAGAGCCGUGGAGCAGCUACAGGAGGGCCUAAUCCAUGCCCUUCGGUCACUGAUCUGUCGUCGACGCUCAGACGACUCUGCCCUCUUCUCCAAACUCCUACUGCGCCUACCGGACCUGCGAACCCUCAAUAACCUGCACUCCGACAAACUGUUGGCCUUUCGCAUUGACCCAUAAGGAAGAGACUUGUUUGCUGAACAAUUACACAAAGAAGUAUACACACAGAUGUUUUGGUCCAAAGACUGGACUUCCUUUAACUGCGAGGGACGAGAUGUUGUGCAAUAAGAAUAUUUUUGAAAAGGACAAAUGAGGGGAUUAAACAUAUUUCUCACGGAUUUUUUGACAUAUAUGCAAUGUUUUUGAGACAAAAGACAAAAAAAGAAACAAAAAAAAAA